AUGAGCUCAUAUUGGUUCAAGAAUUUCGUUGGACUUCGUCAAAAUGAUUUCGAACUUUUGCAAGUUCCAAAUCCUGGAGCCGAAUUUUGUAUUCAUGUUACAUUGAGAAGCAUGCAGGUAAUCAGAAAUUCGAAUUUAAAAAUUUCGAUGCAAAUUUUUUUAAAUUUCAGACCGGAGCAAUUCUUGGUUCCAUUCUCGGUCCUCUUUCAGCAAUUGUAUUCAAAGAUCAACGAGCGAAAUCAAGAACUUUGGUGUAAGUUUUCUAUUUUCCUUUUUUAAAUUUUAAACCAUUAUUUUUUCCAGUGAUUCUUUUGUUUCUGGAGGUGUCAAUGGUGCUUUAAUUGGAACUGCAAUUGGGCCAGUUUUGACAUAUUUGAGUCUUCGAAACAUGAACAGUAUUCAAUUAUAUGAUAAAUGUUAUAGAUUACGGUAAGUUUUUAUUUGGAGAAAAUAUAACAAUAGAAAUAAAAUAAUCAAAUAAUUUGACAGGUUCGAUCAACAAGCUCUUUGGCAAGAUCGAACUGCUGUAAUUUCAGCAGCAGUUGGAUAUUUGAGCAGUGGAUCGAUGGGAUUAGUUGUUGGAUUGGAUUUAGCACUUUUGAUGAGUAAUGUGAUGGGAAGAGCUUGGUGA